UACAGCAUGGCCCAAACAGAGAAGAAAGGUGGGCUGCUCCGGAAAUCAUCAGCCUCCAAGAAGCCAUUGAAGGAGAAGGUUGUGUUGAUGUAUGAUGAGAUUUUCAUGACAGAGGACCCCAGUAAACGCAGCCCUAGGUUUUGGGAGGAGCUGUUUCUCAUGAAGGUCAACUUGGAAUAUCUAGAAGGCAAGCUGGAGGCUCUGGAUGGGGAAGAGUUAAUGAAGAUAAAAGAUAACAUCAAUUGCUUGUUUCAGCACUGCAUCCAGGCACUGGGUGAGGAGCACCCGAUCAGAGUGGUCAAUGCACUACAGACUUUGUGUGCAUUGAUUCGGGGUGUACAUCAGAAGAACAAAUCCACUUCUGGGUUUGACAUCAUCAACAUGCUUGUGGGUUUUGAUAAGGCAGAGCUAUGUAUGAAGAAUCUGAUGGAGAGCUUGGACUCACUCCUCUGUGCAGAAGGUUCUGAAAGUCUCAAAAGCUUGUGUCUGAAGCUCCUUCUCUGCUUGGUGACGGUGACAGAUAACAUUAGCCAGAACACCAUCCUGGAGUAUGUGAUGAUUAACAGCAUAUUUGAAGCUAUUUUACAGAUCCUGUCCAGCCCACUUAGUCGCAGGGAACAUGGCUAUGACGCUGUUGUCCUUCUUGCCUUGCUGGUCAACUACAGAAAGUAUGAGUCAGUGAAUCCUUACAUUGUGAAGCUCUCCAUCGUAGAUGAUGAGGCCACACUCAAUGGAAUGGGACUUGUAAUUGCUCAGGCUUUAUCAGAAUAUAACAGGCAAUACAAAGAUAAGGAAGAGGAGCACCAGAGUGGUUUCUUCUCAGCCCUGACUAAUAUGGUGGGCAGCAUGUUCAUAGCAGAUGCUGAUGAGAAGAUCUCAGUCCAGACGAAUGAAGCAAUCCUUCUGGCCCUCUAUGAAGCUGUUCACUUAAACCGGAAUUUCAUCACAGUUCUGGCACAAAGCCAUCCUGAAAUGGGGCUGAUGACAACACCAACAAGCCCAAUUCCGACGACACCCGUCACUCCACUUGGAACCACUCCACCUUCUUCAGAUGUUAUAAGCUCUGCAGAGCUGCCUUUGGAUGCUGAUGUGCAAACCAGCAACCUGCUGAUAACCUUCUUGAAGUACAGCUCGAUUGUGAUGCAGGACACAAAAGAUGAGCACCGGCUACACAGUGGCAAGCUGUGUCUGAUUAUCCUGACAUGCAUAGCAGAGGAUCAGUAUGCUAAUGCUUUUCUCCAUGAUGACAACAUGAAUUUUCGAGUAAACUUACACAGGAUGCCAAUGAGACAUAGAAAGAAAGCAGCAGACAAGAACCUGCCCUGUCGCCCACUGGUGUGUGCAGUGCUUGAUUUGAUGGUGGAAUUCAUUGUAACACACAUGAUGAAAGAAUUUCCUAUGGAUCUCUAUGUACGGUGCAUUCAGAUUGUGCACAAGCUGCUGUGCUACCAGAAGAAAUGCAGAGUGAGGCUUCAUUACACCUGGAGGGAGCUGUGGUCAGCUUUGAUCAACUUGUUGAAGUUCCUCAUGUCUAAUGAGACUGUGUUGCUGGCGAAGCACAACAUCUUCACCCUUGCUCUUAUGGUUGUGAACCUGUUCAACAUGUUCAUCACUUACGGAGACACCUUUCUCCCCACUCCCAGCAGCUAUGAUGAGCUGUAUUAUGAAAUCAUUCGGAUGCAUCAGAAUUUUGAUAACCUUUAUUCUAUGGUUCUAAGGCUUUCUACCAAUGCUGGUCAAUGGAAGGAGCCUGCAAGCAAGGUGACCCAUGCAUUAGUCAAUAUUAGGUAA